AUGUCUUCAGAUGGGGAAACACCAUAUGGUUUAAACGAAGUUGACGAAUUUGCUUCUAAGAAACAAAAGUUAUUAUUAAAAAAUUCAACAUUAGGUAAAAAUCAAUAUGAAGAUGAAUCGGAUCUUAUGUUGUUGGAUGAUGAGGAAGAUGUAAUGGGAAUAAGUGAUGAAGAAAGUACUAGUGCUGAAGAUGACGAUGAUGAAAACUCUAAUAUUGAUAAGGCCGAAGUUUAUAAAAAGGUUUUUGGAAGAAGAUUGGACGAGGAUUAUGACAAUGACAAAGAUAUUCAUGAAAAUUAUAAUGAAGAUGAAGAAUGGGGAUCAACCAAAAAUGAAUACUAUGGUGGGGAUGAGAUAGAUGAUGCGGAAGAUGCUAAAGAAGUGGAAAAGGAAGCCCUCCGUUUACAAAAAAAACACUUGGAAGAAUUAAACAUGCAAGAUUACUUGGAUGAUGAAAUUGAAGAUGAAUGGAUUAAAGAAGCCAAAAACUACGAUGUAGAACAAUCUCAGCAAUCUAAUAAGCAAGAUCAAGCAUCCGCCUCCAGUAUAAAGAAUAUUUCGAAUAUGACUGAAGACGAGAAAAAAUCAUUUCUUAAAAUGAGCUUUCCAGAAUAUUUUCCAUUAGCGAAAGAAUAUACUAAAUUGACCAAAAUACUAGGAGCUUUAGAUCAAGAUGAAACACAAAGCGAGGUUAUAGAGAUGAAAAAACUUGUAUUAAAUGCUUAUUUAGGUACUGUUGCUUCAUAUUUCUCUGUUUUCAUAAGCGAAGUUGAAAAUGACGAGGGCUUUACAUCUAUGAAAGAACAUCCAGUUAUGGAGAGCAUUUUGACCUUGAGAGAAGUCUGGAGGCAGGUUAAUGAGCUUCCUAAUAUAUCUACUGAAGUAUUUGCUGAACAAGAAAUCGAUGAUGACGAAGAUUUAGAAAUGCCAGAGGAAUUGGAUGAAGCUGUAUUCAACACGCUUGACACUGAGACCCCUGAAAAUAAAGAGAAUGUUAUUAAUGAGGAAGAAAAUGCUGUAGCUGCAGAUGGUGAUAUUUCCAUAGAUAUUGAUGUUACAAAAUCGCGUUUACCAGGGCAAUUGUUAGGUAAAGACAAAAACACUAAUGAGGAAAGUGGCAAUGAUGACGAUUUUGCGGAGAGCGAAAUUUUUGAUGUUGAUGCUCAAGAGAAAAAAGCUCGUAAGAAAACAUUACGUUUCUAUACGUCCAAAAUUGAUCAACAGUCAAACAAGAAAAUGGAAAAAUUUGGCGGUGAUGAAGAUAUCCCAUAUAAGGAAAGACUUUAUGAACGUCAACAAAGACUAAUGGAAGAAGCACGUAAACGUGGUUUACAAAAAAACGCAGCCACUGAAUUGAAUGGUAAUAGUGAUUCUGAGGACGAUGUUGAAACGACUGUCUUAGCUAAAAAUAUUAAAGAAGACUUUGGUGCUUAUUAUGACAAAAUAAACGCUUCUAAGAAAGAAAGAAAGGCUAACCGUAUAAAAUUACACAAAGAUGCUGUGAAAGCUGCUAGAGAAGGUAAAUUGGCUGAUUUGGCUGAAAGCGUUGUUGGUGAUGGCAAGCGUGCUAUUAAUUAUCAAAUAUUGAAAAAUAAAGGCCUAACACCAAAGAGAAAGAAAGAUAACAGAAAUUCACGUGUAAAGAAGAGAAAGAAGUACGAAAAGGCACAAAAAAAAUUAAAAUCUGUUCGUGCAGUAUAUUCAGGUGGUCAAGGUGGUUCAUACGAGGGUGAAAAGACAGGUAUUAAGAAAAACUUGACCAGGUCUAUAAAGUUUAAAAAUUGA